AUGGCAAGCGCGGUGCCAGACAUGAUUCUCGAGGCCGAAGGGUCUGCAGAUAUGCCAAUUGAGCAUUCUGAGGCCAUUCCUAUCGAUCCACCGAAGAGACGAACGAAGCUACUUCAAGGGCUGCAGCGUAUCUCGUCAUCGCCUUCACUCGCACAAUUGGGUCGGAAGAGAGCUUCGAGCAAUCCAUACGGUGGAAGAGGGACAUUAUCUUGUGUGAGCUUAACUUCUGCCAGCUCUCCACGACAAUUUGACAACUCGUACUCUUCGCAAUCCUCAGGUGCUGGCUACUCCACUGCACCGACCUCUGUACCGACCACCCCUGGCCUCGACACUCCCUUCUUCGAUGGCUCAGACAAUCGAUUUCCGAAUAGACGAGUGGAAUUCGGCACAUUUACACCUCCUUGUUCUAGCCCAACAAGUGCUCUCCCUGCAGAUAUGCGACCUCUUUCGAGUCGAGGAAUAUCACCAUUUCCGGCACAUUCAGCAAUUCCUGAGAUAGUAGAAGACUACUUCUCACGUCCAGUUCGACGGGUCAAUUUUGAUUUCUGGGGCGAAAUGCCACAUGAGAUCAAAUUGUCUAUUUUCGCACAUCUGAAGCCCAAGGAAUUGGUUCGAGUCUCUAUUGUGAACAAGAGUUUCCACAAGACAUGCUUUGAUGGCCAGCUUUGGACAUGUUUCGACGCAUCUGAGUUCUACAAGGACAUCCCAGCAGAAUCACUUGCCAAGAUCAUUAUUUCAGCAGGUCCGUUCAUCAAAGAUCUUAAUUUGCGGGGCUGCGUCCAAGUUGAGCAUUACAAGCGUGCAGAAGUGGUAGUCAAAGCAUGCAGGAAUCUCAUCAAUGCAACUCUAGAGGGUUGCAGGAACUUCCAACGCUCAACCUUACACAGUCUGUUGAAGACCAACGAGAGAUUGGCUCAUCUCAACCUAACUGGCCUGACAGCUGUUACGAAUGGCAGUUGUAAGAUUAUUGCUAGUUCUUGUCCUUCUCUGGAGACGUUCAAUGUUUCUUGGUGCACUCACAUGGAUGCCCGUGGUAUUAGAACGGUGAUCAAUGGUUGCCCAAAGUUGAAGGAUUUACGUGCUGGAGAAGUAAGAGGAUUCGGAAAUAUCGAGCUUGCAGAGGAUAUCUUCGAGACCAACAAGCUGGAGAAAUUGGUUCUCAGUGGCUGCAUCGACUUGAAUGAUGAGGCACUUCGAACCAUGCUCGCUGGUCGGGAGCCAGAAAUCGACAUUCUCACAGGUGUCCCAAUCGUCCCAGUCCGAAAGCUUCGGCAUCUCGACAUAAGCCGUUGCACGCAUGUCACCAGUAUCGGUGUGAAGACGCUGGCUCAUCUCGUCCCAGAGCUUGAAGGCCUUCAGUUGAGUGGUUGCACAGCACUCACGGACAAUGCUCUCUCAGAAGUUCUAGCCACCACCCCAAGACUUACACAUCUCGAUCUCGAAGAGCUAACCGAGCUCACUAACAAUCUCCUAUCCGAACAUCUUGCCAAAGCUCCUUGUGCACUAGGUCUCGAGCACCUUUCAAUCAGCUACUGCGAGAAUCUUGGCGAUACAGGCAUGCUUCCCGUCAUCAAAGCAUGCACCAACCUCCGCAGCGUCGACAUGGACAACACUAAAAUCAGCGAUCUCGUCCUCGCAGAAGCAGCAUCUAUGGUUCGUGCACGCUCUUCACGUACAACCUGUGCUCGCUCCCGUCCUCGCGUUGGUCUCAAGCUCGUGGUCUUUGAUGCUCAGAACGUGACCUGGACCGGUAUCCGUGAAGUCUUGUCUCGCAAUUCCGAGAUCAAAAAACCGAGCGGUGCGCAAGCCGGACCUACGUACCCGACGGAGAUCAUCGAGUUAAAGUGCUUCUAUGGAUGGCAGCAAACAGUUUUCGAACACACGAAGCGAGUCUUGAGGGGUGAUUUGCCGGCUGCGGGAAGACUCGAGAGGAAAUGGGCUGAGUAUAUGAUGGCGAAUGAAGAAGCCGGAGCCGGAGGUGCUGGUAUUAGGAGACGGCGUAGAAGAGCGAGAGAGGCGCAGAUGUUGCAUGCUGAUGAGGAGGAAGGUGGUGUGGGUAUGGGUGGUAUCGGCCGUAGACGAAGAGCGAGGAGCAAUGGGUGCACGAUCAUGUGA